GAGAGGUCCUCAGUUGUUCGUGAGCAGCGCGCGCGGCCGGUCGCGGGUGUAGUACAGGAUACAGUGAUGAAGUGGCUAGUUCUGGCGUGUUUUCUACUGUGGGCGAGGCAUGGGGAAGGGGGUGCACUUAAGUGUGCACCGGGGGACGAGGCCUGCUCUACGCAACUAUCCGAUUUAGAAGAACAGGAAAUGGAGAUCCGGCGGCCGAGUUCCGACGGGUCUGCCGAGUGCCUGUCCGGAACCGAAUGGGAGAGUAACUGCCACCAGUGUCGCUGUGUGGCGGGAGUGGCGCAGUGCGUGCGCCAGAGUGAAUGCGAAUCUAUCGUCUUUGCAGAUGAGCCGAUCCGCUGCAAGCCUAACACGACGUUCGCGCGCGACUGCAACACCUGCCGCUGCCUCGACAACGGACUUGGGAUUUGCACUAUCAUGGAGUGUGCCAGCGUUACCACCGAAGCAGCACCGACCAAGCCAAUCAUACCUAAAGGCGUAGACUGUGCUCCCGGGACAGCCUGGCAGAGUCAGUGUAACGACUGUGUCUGCUCGCCAGAGGGAAAGCGGUUCUGCACGGACAAAGCGUGUCCUGGACAGGAGACAGAACCCCUUCUGCGCUGCGCGCCACAGAGCCAGUGGAAGAACGACUGCAACAUGUGCUGGUGCAACUCCGGCCGCGCCAUGUGCACCAAGAUGGGCUGCAUGGCUAUUCCUAGUGACAUGCACUUCGAAGACAGACACGGGGAAACUGGUGCAGUAGAAACCGCAGAACCGGCCACCAAAUCCUCCAAGAACGCCACGAAGAAGGUUUGCGUGGAGAACCGCAUGUUCAUAAUGGACUGCAACACCUGCUGGUGCAACGAGGACGGGACCAGCUACUUCUGCACGCGGAAAGUGUGUGUGACCAACGCGGAGCCGGUUGAGGAGGAGGGGGCUGAGCAGAAACUCCGGAUCAUAAAGAAAGAAUGCAACCCCGGCGAAGUGUUCGAGAUCGACUGUAACAUGUGCCACUGCAACCCGGACGGGAAGUCGUAUUCUUGCACGCGGCGGGCUUGCUUCGAUGAAGAGAAGAACCAGACAUUAAUCAGGAAAACUAGAACUACUACACAGGUAGCGCCAAAAGCCUGCGAGCCACGCAAAGAAUUCCGUAUGGACUGCAACACGUGUCUCUGCAACAACGAGGGCUCCAACUUCUCCUGCACCCGCAUAGACUGUACUGCGCUCAACAACAACCAUAAUGGGAAUAGAAGAAAGAGAGACGCGUCGCAGAAGGUAUCAGCGGACUGCGUUCCGGGAAGCGUGUUCGAACAGGGCUGCAGCAACAUGUGCCGUUGCACAGAGGACGGCGGCCAUGCCACCUGCACGCUCAAACGUUGCCAGGGCAGUGAGAACGCCACGCUUACCGUGACCGAGUCAAGCUUCCGUUGCAACCCCGGCGAGCAGUUCAAGCAGUCCUGCAACGACUGCAGCUGCUCCGCCGACGGCAAGAGCGUGUUCUGCACGCUGUUCGUCUGCGACGACGAACUCUCGCCUCAAUAGUAUUACUAUUGUUAACGCCAACGACGCCAUAUCACGACAAUGCCAUAUCACGACAGUCUUUUCCCACGGUCAUAACUUUAGUACGCCGAUGAAGGCCACACUGAUGCCGCAAACAUAAUUACUGUGUACCCUUGAAACGCCAGUGUCAUCUUAUAAUGACAGGUUUGACGCCACGUUCUUUUUUAUGCCGAUGACGUCGAGUGGCUUAUGAAUGUGAUGUGUCAGUGAUGAAUAACAUAUGGUUGAAAAUAUCUUUUUAUACUUUAAUUAUUGUUUUAUGUCUGUAUCUUGUAAUUUAGAUUUACAAUAUUCUUGCGUGAAUAUGGCGUCUGGCGUUAAAUAUGUAAAAAACAAAACUAGCGAAAAAUGUCUGUAUAUGAUUAACCGAUUACUAAAUAAUUCCUUUAUUCGGACACAAGCCUAACCACCAUUAAGAGAUUCGCCGGUAUUAGAUUUACAGACUGUAUAACUUGUGCCAUAUAAAAUUGACAUUUUGAAGUACGGUAAUUGGUAAUUUGUCCAUUAAUACAUGUGAAUUAUACAUCCAAUAUGUAAAGUGUAUUUUAGCAUACUAAUUUUUCUAGUUUUAUAACUAUCCAUUUAGAAAUCAAUUGAAUACAAUAAUUCUUUUAAUUUACGUAUUUUACAUUUAUUUUCAACAUGUCGAUUCACAUAUCUUUAAACCUUUGAUCGCUAAUGACGUUAUGGAAAGUUAAACAAAAUAUAUCUAAACGUCAUUUGACGUCAAAUCUAACGCUUUUGCGUUUAAAAGUUUAAAGAUGAUCACUGACGGUGAAUACGAUUUUGAUUGUAAAUAAGUUUCAUUCAAUCAGGUAAACUCGUUAACCUUUUGAACGCCAAGAACAAGUAAAGUUGCAAUAAUUAAUCGUGCCCACAACGCCAAGGACAACUAUAAAUUUUAUGGCGUUUGCUGUCAAAUAGUUCGUGUGAUUGACGAUGACGCUCAAAUUUGUCAACUAUAAACUUUACUGAUAUGACAAUAAGAGUCCUGACACGCGUCAUAAUUAAUGACACGAUCUAUGAGUAACUGAAUGACUUUUUCAUAAAGCGUUCAAACAGUUAAUAAUAUUCGUAACAACUAUGUUUUUACAUUACCUAGUAAGUUAAGUACUUAUCGAAUAAAGGUCAGACAUUGCAGCUUAUUGCUUUAUAUUUGUUUUGUUUUAAUGUAACUAUUGUAACUGAUCUGUUACACGAUUGUAGUGAUUUUCUAGGUUAUAAGUGAUUUUGUAGGCUAUUUCUGAAUUUACUAUAAUGAAUGAUCUAGAAUCGGUAUUUUGAAAACCAACUUAACACGUUUGCGGACACUAGACGUCUAUAGACGACGUCGUCUCUCUAUUGUGUCUGGCGUCGCGUCCACGAACGGCUUAAGUCAGUAUUAAUGCUUACAUUGACAUUUUUUUAUUUCUUUACAACCGAUUCUAGUAAUGUGUGCAUGUAUUGUUUUAUGUGAUUGUAACAUUAAUUUACUUAUGUAAAAAUGUACAACUAUACAAUUUUUCUCAUGUUUAAAUUUUCAUUUUAAACGCUAAUAAUACCUUAACCGCUAAUAUAAUGAUAAAAUGUCACUCAUAUAUCCAUCGUGGUACACAAGAGCCUAUGUUAAUGUGCUCUAAAGUAUGGGGGUGAUUUUAAGCGAAAUCUAACCUACUAUUUUGAUAUUUCUGAUAUUUGACAUUUAAAAAAAUGUUUCAUCCUCUGUUUGUGUGUGGGUGACAUUUUUCAAACAUGUCCGUGGUUAAAAAAAUGUUGUAUGUUUAUUACUGUUUUUGUGUGAAGGCCUGGAUUGAGAAUGAAGUAAAAUACAAAUAGAAAUUGAAAUCAAAGUAAGCUAAGAGACAUAAAUAAUACUCAAUUUUAUGUGUUUUAUUUGUUUACUUUAAUAAUAGUAAUACAUAGUGCUAUUAUCGUUUUAUCAUAAUCUAAACAUUCUAAACACUCUCGCGCGCCUUCUGCAGUGAGAAUUUUUUUAUAUUCUAGACGCCAAAGACUUCAUAUGACGUCUGACGGCAAUUUUCGAUCAAAACAUUUUUUUUUUUAUAAAUGGUAAAUUAGAGGCCACGGGAUAAUAAGGUAUCCCUGAUAUUAUGUAUAACCUAUUUGUCAUUGUGUUCAUUCGAUAUCUAUGGUCUUAGUGUAGUGAUCAUUUGAUCAAAUAUGUUUUAUAAGUGGCUGACUUCGUACAAUUCGUACCCAAUAUGUAUUAGAAUAAUUACGUAAUACUUAAGUUUUGAAUCGCUAGGAAAUAAAAGUGUGAAUUGAAAA